AACCUCUGGUGGUUGAGCUAUCUUCCUAUCCAACAUCAUCCAAUCAUCCCCCUUGUUAGAGAAACUACUCCUCCAUUAAUUCAACACCAUCAUUCCAGCUUUCUUGCAGUAGCUUGCUACUUAAUAAUUCUCUAUUUAUCGUAUGCCCUGGCCAUGUGGGUACUACUGCUCUAUUCUCUCUAUAUAUAACUUCCCCUAUUCUUCAGGUUCACACCUCACUCUAGCUUGGCUAGCCGUGUUGGGCUUCUCCAGCUCAAUCAAAUUCCCGGCACCAUAUAUAUACCUCUUCAUGGUUUCCCAGCUCAAACAGCUUGAAGACCAAUAACUAGUUUUGUUUCGGGUGUUUUGACAUUUUGGCAGACACACGUAGAGAAAGAGAAAGCAAAUCAUUAAUGGAGAGUAACAGCAUAGAGAUGGAUAAGGAGAGACUUACUGCGGAGAUGGAUUUCAACAAGGACUCCUCCUCCGCCGUCAUCAGAAUCCGGCAGCGGUUGCCGGAUUUCCUGCAGUCCGUGAAGCUCAAGUAUGUGAAGCUUGGGUAUGGCUACUCAUGCAACCCAGCUACCAUUCUCAUGUUCCUUCUCAUCGCGCCUUUGUUGGCGUCGGUUCUGGUACAGCUGACGGGUGUCGACAUAACCCGGUUCGUCUCCGAGGUCUGGACCAACCAGGCCGUCCGGCUGGAAAGCAUGGACGCCGCCACGCGACUCGCCGGUUCCGGCCUGGUUCUCUUCUUCUUAGCCCUCUACUGGUCCAAGCGGUCCACACCUGUUUACCUGGUGAACUUCUCCUGCUACAAACCCGACGAGGAAAGAAAAAUGUCGAUGGAGGAUUUUCUCAAGAUGACGGAAGAGACCGGCGAGUUCAGCCCUGACUCAUACGAGUUUCAGAGACGAAUAUCGAACCGGUCCGGUUUAGGCGACGAAACAUACCUAACCCCAGGGAUUAUGUCAAAACCACCCAAACUCUCCAUAGAAGAAGCCCGUUUGGAGGCCGAGACCGCCAUGGUCGGCGCACUCGACUCCCUCUUCAAAAAAACCGGAGUCAAGCCGAAAGACAUUGACAUCCUCAUCGUGAACUGCAGCUUGUUCAACCCAACGCCGUCGCUGUCCGCCAUGAUCGUCAACCACUACAAGCUCAAAACAGACAUCAAGAGCUUCAGCCUCGGCGGAAUGGGCUGCAGCGCCGGCCUAAUCUCCAUCGACCUCGCCAAGGACCUCUUGAAAGCCAUCCCCAACUCCUACGCCGUCGUAGUCAGCACCGAGAGCAUCACCUUGAACUGGUACUUCGGCAACGACAAGUCGAUGCUGCUCCCCAACUGUAUUUUCCGGUCCGGCGGCGCCGCGAUCCUCCUCUCCAACAAGCGCAAGGACCGCGCCCGGUCCAAGUACGAGCUCGUCCACACCGUCCGGACCCACAAGGGCGCCGACGAGCGGUCCUACCGGUGCGUCUACCAGCGGGAGGACGACAAGGGAAAGGUCGGCGUCUCCCUCGCGCGGGAGCUGAUGGCGGUGGCCGGAGACGCGCUGAAGACGAAUAUAACGACGCUGGGGCCGCUGGUGCUGCCGUUCUCGGAGCAAUUCUUCUUCUUCGUGACGCUGAUCAGGAAGAAGUUCUCCAAGGCGAAGGUGAAGCCGUACAUACCCGACUUCAAGCUGGCGUUCGAGCACUUCUGCAUCCACGCCGGCGGGAGGGCGGUGCUGGAUGAGAUUCAGAAGAACCUGCAGCUGACGGAGAGGCAUAUGGAGCCGUCGAGGAUGACUCUGCACCGGUUCGGGAACACGUCGAGUAGCUCGCUGUGGUACGAGCUGGCGUACUCGGAAGCGAAGGGGCGGGUCGGGCGGGGAGAUCGGAUCUGGCAGAUCGCGUUCGGGUCGGGUUUCAAGUGCAACAGCGCGGUUUGGCGGGCGCUGAGGCCAGUCGCGGAGGGGGACGCGCUGGGGAACCCGUGGAUGGACUCGAUAGAUAGGUACCCGGUCAAGGUUCCGGUUGAACUAUAGCGGAUGUCCACGUGGCGAUAGCCAAUCUCUGAUUGCCAUGUGGAAUUAUAUGUGGCGGGGGUUUUAUUCUGCUUUUUUUAGUAUUAUUUUUUACAUUACUAUUUUUUUUUCUCUUUCGGGUCAGACCAGAAAAAACAAAACAAACGAAAAAAGUCUGUGAGGGGGACACUGACAUUAUACUGGACUUUUUUGUUAAAUAAAUUUUUUUUUUUUAAAAUAAAAGAUCUGUUAAAAGAAAAACACAUUAUGUGCCUUCGUCAAAAUAACUGACGAAGAAGGAAUUAAAGAAUUAGCGAUUACAGCUCAAUCAUCAUUUACUGCUAUUAUUGUAAUUGAUAUUUCCAUUGUAAUUUUCUCCCUAUUUUAAGGGACUAUCUAAUGAAAUGAGUAGACCAAUUCCCAUUUUA